AUGGCGCAAGAUGCGCCUCUGCAGGCUCCCGUCUCCGUGGAUUUCCUGCGCAAACUGAGCAAAAACCUGCACAGUUACAUUCCUGUCGAUGGUGCUAUCUCCGAAGACAGCAUAAACAAAUUGUCUAACCUACUGGAUGCUCUUGUUGGAACUGCAUCCAUACCCUACAUCCCCGCUUCCCAAAGGGCAGGUGCUUGCAAUCCACUAUGUUCUCUUCUCGAAAAGUGUCAAGCUUCGCCGGACGAAAGGAUCCGCUCGCUGGUUUGGACUAAACACAUUUGGACCGAUCUCUUCGACAUCUUCCUCGAGAGAUACGACAAUGCAAAGCCCAAAUCCAUGAGGCAGGUCUUGCUGCUCCUGUGCACCAUUCUCCACAAGGAUAAGAGCACCACUGCACAAGCUGUUAGGGAUGAGUCUGUUGUCCGCCUAUUCGACGUCCUAUUCCAAGAGGAUGACACGUCCAAGGUCAAGCCUGCCCUCAUUGCCCUCUCGCAUUUUGUCCAGAAAGAUGUGGUCACAGUUGACUACACCAUCACCACAUUCGAGCAGUGGGCUACUUCCAAAGGCAAAUCGCUGCAACUGUUUCCCGCGCCCGGAAGCGUCUCCAAAACUUUCCUUCACGGUAUUAUGAACUGGGCGAAUCACCAAGAUACCACACCUGCAGCUGGCAACGCAAUUUGCAUCAUCCUGGACCAUGGCCGUCGUCAGCAGGCGGUGCACCUGGCCAAGGACAAUGCAAACUCACGCCCAAUCUGGGUGGAACCUCUGGAGAGCACCAUCCGGAGGAAUCCAGAUGCAAUGCAGAACUUUAAAAGUCACGUCUUCCCUGACUUGUUCAAGCCUAUACUGACUGAUUACCUCCGAUUUUUGGAGCACCUGCAUCUUGAUGACCACAUUCGGUUGAGGCCCAGCACCGAUGGCGGCUCAAAGCCGUCAGAUGACUUUGAGGCGUCGUUACUUUUCACCUCUCUGCAGGUUGGGAAGGAUAUGGGCUUUGUCCAGGAAGUUGAUCAUCGCAUUUCCAAGAAAAUCGAGAUUCGCGACGGAAUUGUUCUGAUUCCUGACAGGCUUCUUGGAAGGCUUCUUGCACACGAGCGGGCAGAGACCAGACUCGCCGCAUUCGCUUUGCUCACAACUUCGGCUGCCGUAACCAGGCCUUUGACUCUUGGCACUUUUGCCGCGCUGAAGCGUAACUUGUCAUAUCUGCAUGCCGACACCGAUGCAAACUUCCGUGGAGAGGUGAUGAGCCUGACUCUGUCGCUAUUCGAACGUCUUCGAGGCUCGACCGGCGUGAUGAGUAGAAACUUGGCCAAGGAACCGAAGACUCAAGACCAGAGCAGCACCUUCCAGCUAUACCACGCCCACGUCGAAUUUAUCCACUGGUACCUGCGGUUCAUAUCAUCCGAGCUUCACCCCACAGCGGCAUAUCAGAGACACAUUUCCGCGCUUAAGGCCUUGAUCAUCGUCAUGAAGUCCGGAUUGGAUCCAUCGGUACCCCGCCAAGCACUGUCAAGGACCGCACAGGGCGAGAUUAGAUUUCCUUUCCAAAUGAACGUCCUCACGCCUUUGCUGGUACGAGAGCUUUUUGACCUCAUCAUGGACCCCUUUGAUGAUGUCCGGCAUGCGGCUACAUUUUUGCUCAAACUGGGAACAAACACGACCUCCGAACCUCCUAAGAAACUACCGAAGGGUCCGAAGAUUGUACCUGUUCUCAUCGGCAAGCCGGUUGACUCCACUGCUCUCGUCGAGCAUGGCUUUGCUUCGUUCCUCGACCGAGCGGAGAAAACCAUGCUCCGCAGCGGCAGAGCCGAUCACGCCGACGGUGUUGCUCGCGCCUACGACUUGCUCUUUGAGAGACGAGCCGAGACUUUAAGUCCUGAGUCUCCCGCCAACAAUGUCCUGGCGGGCUGGAUGAAGAGUCGUCAGGGUAUAGUGGAGCAUCUCAUUUCCUUGUUGGAUGAGACGAUCGCCGCUGCGAGCAGCAAUCUUUCUGUAGCUGUGAACGCGUAUCCCAUGCAUGGUACGCUCUCUGCUCUUAGGUAUAUCUUUGAUCAGCCUGCAUUCUACGCUUCCAUGGCAACUAUGGAAGACAAAGAGCUGGAGCAUUGGAAGCAGUUACACAACCAUAUCCUGGAUAGCCUGCGCUCAAUUUGGGACUGCGUUAGGGGUGUUCUUUGUGUUGACGCUCCCGAAGGCCACGUCCCCGAUGAUAUGGAGGAAGAGCCCGACCUGACGACGAAGGACAUUCUGAGCUAUUCAUGGAGAGGCCUGAAGGAAGCAAGCACUCUAUUGCGUGUAAUCGUCGCCAAGGCGCCCUUCCAAAUGCCCAACGGGACCUCUAUCUUAAAGACUACGGAGUUUGAAGGCCUGGGCAAGCUCUGUUUUCUGCAGCUGGCUGAAUUGCGACACCGCGGUGCCUUCUCGACCGUCGCCCAGACAUUUGCUACUUUCUGCCUUCGCUGUAGCCGGUCUUCAGAUCCUGAGAUCAAGAGGCUACUCGAUGUGUGGUACGAGGAAACGCUUCGUUGCAUUCGUGAUAAGGGCUCCAUGAUCACCCGUCGAUCAGCUGGGUUGCCAUCUCUCAUCACUGGCAUCUUGUCUGCAGCUCCCGAAAGCACGCUCUUUGCGCGCGUCAUCAGCGAUCUUCAAGCAGAAGCAGUCCAGGAAGGACAAGACAAGAACAUUGAAGGCAGCCACCUUCCUCAAGUCCAUGCUUUGAACUGCUUGAAGGAUGUCUUUACGAACACUAAGCUCGCAUUGGCCUCUGAACCAUACGUAGCUGAAGGUCUAUCCCUCGCUGGAGGUAGGCUUGAGUCUAAGGUUUGGGCCAUCCGCAAUUGCGGUCUGAUGCUUUUCCGUGCCCUCAUCGACCGCCUCCUCGGCAGCGGUACCACGCAGAACUGGAAGGAGACCGACCGCCUCAAGAUUACGCGCCUCUCGUACAAGAAAUAUCCGAACCUCCUCGACAUUAUCGUCCAGCUGCUCACGCCUAAACGCCAAGGUGGUGCGACAGAGCUGACGAAUACCGCACUUGAAGGCGUCUUCCCUGCUUUCCAGAUCCUGCAAAGAGCAAGGCCGCCGGCGGAGAGAAGGGCCGAGAUUCAACAGCUGGUGUUUGCACUGACUGCAAGCUCCCAUUGGCAUGUGCGAGACAUGGCUGCCAGGACUCUGGCUGCACUGCUGGGGCCGGAGGAGAGAGUCGAGUGGGUGCUCGCGUUGCUUGAGAUGCCAUUCCAGAAGCAGAACGCGUUGCAUGGUGUGCUAUCGUCUGUGAAAUAUCUUGUCAAGGAGAUGUGUGAAGCAGACGACAAGGGACUCCAUGAUGAUCUUGAUCUGCUGGCAUUUGCGCUCUUUGAGCAAUUUGAACGCCUUUACGAGAAAAACAUCUGCCCACUGACCAAAUCCGCUUACCUCGAUAUCGUCACUAUGAUCCAGAGACAUCACAUUGUCAAGGGUCACUGGAAGUCCUCAUCGCCUCUUAUCUGUGAGGCUUUCGGUGAUGGUGAAGAUCUCUUCUACCACCUCGCCAAGGGGGCACUCCAUGUGUUCAACCGCUUCCAAAGAGAUCAGAAGCUUGGCAAUAGCGGAAAGUCCGCCGGCGAUGCUCUUCUACGCAGAGCACUUUCUCUCGCCACCGUCCAGCACUUGCUACUCCUUACCUGCGCUGCCGGCGAGCAGCCAUCACUCCAAGCUCUCGUCACCGACCUUUUCAAACACAUCACCGACCAAGACAGCGACACCUGCCGGACCACGCUCGAGUCCCUCAUGUCGACCAUCUCCGCAUCCGUCCUCCACGCCGGAGCCGCCGUGCAAACCUGCAUCGCCGAAAUCCUGUCGACCGCUGCGACGUCCACGGACCUCGAAGUCGCCGCCACGGUCCGGCACGCCUUCGCCUCGCUGCUCGACCGCGGCCUCGACCUGCCCGCCGCGCGCCUCGCCCCGAUCAUGCUGGGCAGCGAGAAGCAGCAGCAGAUGAUCGCCGGCCUGGGCUCGCCCUCGCUGCACGAAGGCGCGCUGCCGCUGCUGGGCCGGUACAUCGACGCGCGCGUCUCCGCGUCCUGCACCCCCAACGGCACGGCUACGGAGAACGGCGUAGCAGCAGUAUCGGCGGAAGAGAAGGAGCAGCUACUCACCCUCUUCACCCGCACCCUCCGCGCCGACCUCGAGGAAACCCAGCCCUUCCCCACGCGCUGGGCCGCCAUCGCCGCACUCGACACUCUACGCGGCUUCUGGCAGCAGCGCCAACAAGGAGAUAACGAUGACGAACACCAUCUAGCCCUCGCCCUCAUCGCCUACGACGCCCUCAACGACGACGACGACGAGAUCCGCGACGCCGCUGCCCGCAUCGCUACGCGCAUCAUCGUCGGUCCCGCUUAUGACAACAACGCUCACGCCAACAUGCCGACCGUCCUUCCUCUCACCGCCGCCCGCAAGCUGGCCGCGUACCUGCGGCACACGUACGCUGACUCGCCCCUGUUGUGUGCGGCGGCGCUGCACCGGCUGCUCGAUCACGAGAGCGGGAGGGAUGCCGCCAGGGCGCGGGGCGCGUUGGAGUGGGUGGGCGAAGCAGAAGGCGGUUUUGCGGCGCAGUUACGGGAGGCGCGGACGGAGAAUGCGGUGCUUUUCGCGAGGGAGAAGCAGAAUUUGUUUUUGGAUCCGGUGAGGGAGGUGGGGGUUUGGGGGGAGGUGCUUGGGGGGUUGAGUUUGUGUGGCGGUGAUGGUGCUGGUGCGGUGAGUGUGCGGGUGGUGAGGGCGUUGGAGGAGUGGUGUGUGGCUGGUUUGAGGGAGUUGCGGCUGUUGGCGGAGAGGGAGAGGGAUGGUGCGAUGGGUUGGUCGGGCAGGGGAGAGGUGUUUUUGCUGGGGUGGAGGGUCGUGGGCGCGGUGAGGGUCGUGUUGGGGUGGAAGAGGAGGGGGGUUGUGGUGGAGCGGCGGGGUGCGUUGGAGAGGAAGAAGAGGGUGGGCAGGUACAGGGCCUCGGAGAUUAGGAGGGCGUUGAGGGAGACGGCAGAUGCGUGGGUUGAGGCGGAACUGCACGGGUUGUGGUUGGGUGAGGUGGAGGACGUGCUGAGUGAGAGUGUUGUGGCGAAGUUGGUGGAUGUGAAUGGUGUCUUGGAAGCGGUCGUUGGGAAAGAGUGUAUUGUUUGA